AUGCUGGUCCCUCAUGCUGGCGUCUACCAUGUCCUCUCUUUUACUUCGCUGUUUCAUCUGGCCACCUUGCAAGAGGACUUAAACACCUUACCACCAAGUGCAGAAAAUGUGACAAUUACUGGGAAUUUGCUGGUAAGUGCAAGCCCCUGUAGCAAAACCUGUGGGCUAGGAUGGAGGUCUGAGUAUUACUGCAAGAUGGACAAAAAGGGGCAGAAAAGUAACUGCACUUUGACAAAUGCCUUGUGCCUGAUCAAUCAGGACUGUGGUCUGAUAGCUAAGACCGCCACCGUGGGUGCCACCUUAAGUAUCAGCUGCUUGGAUACGACUAUCAAAACUUUAGGAUCAUCAGAUUUCAUCUUCGUCUGGAAGAUUGCAAGGGGAAUUGUGACAACUGAUCAGUACUUAUUCAGACUCUUUCCAUUAAGAGAUACAAGCACACCCUGGAUGAUCAUUGUAAAAGCUAUUGAGGAGAAGCAUGCUGGGACGUAUAUGUGCCAAGUGCAGAACUCGAAGACGAUGCAAAUUGUCAAGCGCGUGCUCAUUGGAGUGAGGGUCAUCCCCGAAAAACUGGUACAACUGAAUUAUUACGAAGUGCUGUCACCUGAGCAGAAGGAGGAGUUCGAAAUUCUGCAAGGAAAUCCGGUGCAGAAGAAGAGGCCAAAAUCAUUCUUUGCAAAAGUAAAGGAUAUAUUUAAAAGUGCAAACAUGGCUGUGCGUGUCAUUGCCAUUGGUUUGGCAAUUGGCGGAGCCUGUGCUUUCGUUCUUGGAGCCAUAUUCUUAUGUAUGACAAAUUACUGAAUGUGCAGUAAAUAAAUUAGAUUUUCUACUGAUAUCAGUUUAACAACAUUUGUAGCAGAUUGGUGCAAAGUGGGGUGAUGAGGAGUGGUUCUGCUCUUUUCCAGGGUUGAAACAAUUAGAAAACAGUUUAUUUUUGUGCCUUGUCUCCGAUGGCAUUGAAAUUCUCAAUAGAACAUCGCGGUGCCAUGUUGCACAGUUUAAUUGGUGCACGUGGGAGCAACAUUCAAAGAAGAACAUCAGGUACUUUUCCAGACUUGCCCACAAACAAUAGCCUAAUGGUGUUAUCGCUAGACAGUUAACCCAGAGAGCUAAACAGUGUUAUGGGGACCAGGUACGAAUCCCACCACAGAAGAUGGUGGAAUUUGAAUUCAAUGCAUAUCUGGAAUUGAGAGUCUAAU